UCUGCAGGCUCGGCCAAUGGGGAGGCGGGAGGGCGGAAACGACGCCGCAGCCAUGCCGGGCGCCGCCGAGCGUGGGUCCGAGCUGUCGGAGCAGAUCGAGGCGUUCGUGGCGCAGCUGCGGGGCGGCGGCGAGAGGCCGCGCUCCGAGGACACGGCCCGGCAGACGCUGUCGCUGCUGCGGAAGAUCGUGGCGCACGGGCGAUGGAGCCGCGCCGGGGAGCUCAUGGAGUUGAUCCGGAGAGAGGGCCAGAGGAUGACAGCAGCCCAGCCCUCUGAAACGACUGUGGGCAACAUGGUGCGACGAGUGCUGAAGGUCAUCCGGGAAGAGUAUGGCAGGCUACACGGGCGCAGUGAGGAGAGCGACCAGCAAGAAUCCCUGCACAGGCUCCUGACCUCGGGGGGGCUGAGCGAGGAUUUCAGCACCCCUUAUCCUCCUCUCAGAGCUAAUGUGAUUGAAGCUAUUAACGAGCUGCUAAUAGAGCUCGAGGGCACCACGGAUAACAUUGCGAUGCAGGCGCUGGAGCACAUCCACUCCAACGAGGUGAUCAUGACCAUCGGGUACUCGCGCACGGUGGAGGCCUUCCUGAAGGAGGCUGCCCGCAAGCGCAAGUUCCAGCUCAUCGUGGCCGAGUGCGCGCCCUUCUGCCAGGGUCAUGAAAUGGCCGUCCGACUAUCUAAAGAGAACAUUGAGACCACGGUCAUGAGCGACGCCGCUAUCUUCGCUGUCAUGUCUCGAGUCAACAAGGUCAUCAUUGGUACAAAGACGAUCCUGGCCAACGGUGCUCUGAUCGCGGUGAGUGGGACGCACACGCUGGCCCUGGCAGCCAAACACCACUCCACGCCGCUCAUCGUCUGCGCCCCCAUGUUCAAGCUCUCGCCGCAGUUCCCUAAUGAAGAAGAUUCAUUCCACAAGUUUGUGUCACCACAGGAAGUGCUGCCAUUCACAGAAGGGGAGAUCCUGGCAAAGAUCAACGUUCACUGCCCAGUGUUUGACUAUGUCCCUCCAGAGCUCAUUACUCUCUUCAUCUCUAACAUUGGGGGCAACGCGCCUUCCUACAUCUACCGCCUCAUGAGUGAGCUCUACCACCCAGAUGACUAUGAACUCUAACACCAUGAGGCAUGUCACUCUCCAGACUCCUCCUAUCUUUCCCUUUGGGAAGACACAGCAGCUAAUUAAAGUGUACGUCACAAAGAGGUGUUGCUGUUGGGAAUCGGUGGGGAAUUUGCUCAGCAAGUCUUUCCUACCCAAAAGCAACCGCAGGCAGAGCUCUCGUACAGAUAUUGAUCCCUGUGCUGGGUUACCAACCACGUGCAGCUGCUAACCCACUUGGAUUCUGACACAGCAAGGCAUACGUGUCACUCUCGGGGGCAGCUAAGCUGUUCCUUCCAAGUAUGCUGCAAUAAAGGCCGUUUACAGUGAGGUCACUGUUAAGCAGUUUUCCAUAUUCAGUUAUUUUGUUUAAGUAGCGGGAAUAUUACCAGCAUGAAAGAAGAGUUGCCUGUACCCAUGAUGCGGGCUCCAAGGUUUGCUUUCACAUGUGAACGUGACAGGAAUCCACUGGCAUCUUCAAAAGGGGAUUUUGGGUUUCUUGGUAGAAUUUUCUAUUUUUGGUGAGUUGCUGAAAUGAAAACCAGCUUUUUGUAGAAUGCUGGCGUAGAAAUGCCAUUCUUGAUGAAAGAAUGUCCCAUCAGCUAACUUGUCCACCUCUGUCAGAAGGCAGAGAUCAAGCUCUUGCUUCACUUACUGUAAUCAAAGGGUCUUUCCCCUCCUGUACUACACUUGAGUGAUUAUUCUUCUUGGGUGGAUGUAUCUCAUUUGGAAAGUCCAUGAUUUUUGUGAGGGGCAGCAUGGACUGUCUUAAAAAUGGGCCAGUCCGAUAA